UUUACAUAUACAUAAUUCUACUGAUUUAAUUUGCUGCCAUACGCUAUAUUCCCUAUGUUUCUCCUCAAAUUAUUGAAUCACGGGUGCAUAUCAAAUUGCUUUGCUCAAUGAUGUCUUCACACAAUGAUCUUCAAAGUCAUCGAGGUGGGCAACAGUCAUCCAACACAUCAUCCUCUGAGCCCCUACAGUAUACCGACGAUCAGCUUUUCGAACUGGAGGAACAAUCCGAAAUGGCGACUCAGAAUUAUCUAUAUUAUGCACUUGAAUAUGUUGUUCGGAUGCUAGAUCGCGAAGGAAUCGUGUAUGCCGUAAUGGGCGGUGUUAGUAUGCAGCUUCGUGGGUUCCUCUCUCGUAUCACUACGGAUGUCGACAUAGCCGUGGAUACGAAACCUCGUAUCCUAAAUGAGAUAGUAGCACAGGAUCAUCGGAUUUAUCGACCACGUCCGGGUGCGGCCUCGACUGGGAUUGCUCGUAUAUUUGUGCGAACCGGACCCGAAUAUAAUGAGCGAGUCGAGUCACUUCCCGUCGAGGUAGACUUAAUUAUGAGUGGCCACCUCGGCGCUCCCAAAGACAUCGCAAACGGGUCAAUCCAAAUUGUUGCGAGGACACCAUGGGGAACCAGCCGUUACAAAAUUCUCAAUACAGAAAGUAUCUUCAAGGCGAAGUUAGGCGCAUAUAGUAUAAGAGAAGGGAUCAAUGACUACCAGGAUUUAGAAUGGAUGUCCUUCAACCUCGGGCCACGGAUUCGCGAAUUCGCACAUCGUCUACACCGACAAAAUAGAGAUACAUUCGCAGCUGCUUUAGCUGAAUCUGGUUCGUACACACAAGAGGAUAUUGAGCACGUGUACCACUGGCUCAGGUUAGACGAAGAAGAGCAAAGUACAGACGGCGAUUGACCCUACCCCUUCCCAACUAAUCAGAGCAGCAUCGCACAUUCU